AGAAAGAGAGAGAGAGAGAGAGAGAGAGAGAGAGAGGGAAUAUAACCACCCACCUAAGUGGCUGGCAAAACGACUGGCAGUCAUAAAACGGAGCGUCUUCCAGACAGCCUCAGAAACAAGGAGCUCUCAGUGACAAGGUGCAUGGGACAGGGAGAGGCGAAGAACCCUUAAAGGCCGUUCAUUCACAUAGCGAGACUUGGACUCACACGGUCCUGCACACCCGCAUCCUGUGCUGAGUAACAGAAUAGUGCCGCCAAAAGCCAGAGAAAGCCAGAGAGCGUGACAGCUUCAGGACCACGAGAGUGAAUGGAUACUUUCUGCAGCCUCAGUGGCCUAGACCCUCUCUGGGACUGGAAUCAGACAUGGUACACACACACCCCUGAGCUGAGCGACUGCUUCCAGAACACGGUACUGGUAUGGGCCCCCUGCAUCUAUCUGUGGGUCUGCUCACCUUUCUACUGCCUGCAUCUUUACUGUCAUGGUCGUGACCGGCUGCCCUUCUCACUACUCUGCAGUGCCAAGCUGUUGCUGGGGUUCUUCUUGGCAUCCUUUGGCUUUGUGGAAUUCUUCUACAUACUGUUGGAGCGGAACCAAGAGAUCCAUCGCCACCUCGUCUUUCUCCUGAGCCCUGUCAUACGCAGCCUUACUGUGGUGCUGGCAGUUUGUAUCAUCCAGUGGGAGCGAGUGCGAGGCUGCCGCUCCUCUGUGGUGCUCUUCCUCUACUGGCUCUUGGGCGUGGUCUGCUCUCUAGUGCCCCUCAGGGCCAAGAUCCAGCUGGCCGUCGAACAGGGGCUCUCUCCAGAUAUCGUCCGUUACUUGGCUUUUUUCUCCUACUUCGCCCUCCAGCUGGCCCAGCUCUUCCUCAGCUGUUUUGCGGACCAGGCGUCUCCCAGCAAAGCGACCCUCAAGAAUGCAUGUCCCGUUCAGGAUGCAUCAUUUCUGUCAAAAUUCCUCUUCUGGUGGUUCAGAGGGUUGGUGGUUAAAGGCUACCGCAACCCUCUGCAGGCCGAAGAUCUGUGGAGUCUGAGGCAGGAGGACACGUCAGACAAAAUCGUCUCAGAUCUAGAGGAGGAAUGGACCACAGAGCGAACCAAACUUCAACAACAGGAGAACUACUUGAGCAGUGGUGUGGCGUUGGGGUCCCGCUUGCCGGAUCAGGCUCAGCUCCUGAGAAAGCUGCAGAAGGAGCAAAGCUCAGGCUUCUGCCUUUUACGGACGCUGGCGCGCAACUUCGGGCCCUACUUCCUUUCUGGGACGCUGUGCCUCAUAGUCCACGAUGCCUUCAUGUUUGCCAUCCCACAAGUCCUCAGUCUUCUCUUAGGCUUCAUGAGGGAGGAGGAUGCUCCACUGUGGAAAGGAUAUUUCUAUGCUUCGCUCAUGUUCCUCCUUUCGUGUCUGCUGUCUCUCUUUAACCACCAGUAUAUGUACACCUGCUUUACUGUGGGCAUGAGGGUCAAGACUGCUGUCAUGGGACUCGUCUAUAGAAAGUCUCUGGUAAUAAGCAGUGCAGCACGCAGAACGUGUACCGUGGGAGAGAUUGUGAAUCUGGUUUCGGCUGACACUCAGAAGCUUAUGGAUUUUGUGGUGUACUUCAACGCCGUAUGGCUUGCCCCCAUCGAGAUUGCUCUUUGUCUCUUCUUUCUGUGGCAGCAUCUAGGCCCAUCUGCUCUGGCUGGCAUCGCCACAGUGAUUCUCAUCUUCCCUUUAAAUGGAUUCAUUGCCAAGAAGAGGAGUAAAUUACAGGAGAUUCAGAUGAAGUUCAUGGAUGGACGAAUCAAGCUGAUGAAUGAGAUCCUGAAUGGCAUAAAGAUCCUGAAGUUCUACGCCUGGGAAAAGGCUUAUCUCGAGCAGGUUCUAGGCUACAGAGAGAAAGAGCUUGGGGCCCUGAGGAAAUCCCAGAUCCUCUACUCCAUCUCCAUUGCUUCCUUCAACUCCUCGUCUUUCCUGAUUGCUUUUGCCAUGUUUGGAGUGUACGUUCUCAUUGAUGAAAAAAACGUGUUGGACGCUCAGAAGGUCUUUGUGUCCAUGGCGCUCAUCAACAUCCUGAAGACCCCUCUUAGCCAGCUUCCAUUUGCAAUGAGCACCACCAUGCAGGCUGUUGUCUCCCUAAAGCGCUUGGGAAAGUUUUUGUGUCAAGAAGAGCUAAAACCAGACAACGUGUCCAGAGAGCCUUAUAAAUUGGAUGAUGAUGGUGUGGGGGUUGAGAAUGGGACAUUCAGUUGGUCUAAAGAUGGUGCUCCGUGUCUAAAAAGGAUCAAUGUCAGAGUUCCUCGUGGCGCACUGGUUGCUGUUGUCGGCCACGUUGGCAGUGGAAAAUCGUCAUUACUUUCUGCAAUGCUUGGAGAGACAGAGAGGAGAAGUGGAAGUGUCUCUAUCAAGGGUUCAGUGGCCUACGUCCCCCAGCAGGCCUGGAUCCAGAAUGCCACACUGCAGGACAACAUCUUGUUUGGACGAGAGAAGAGGAAGAGCUGGUACCAGCGUGUGCUGGAGGCCUGCGCCCUUCUGCCUGAUCUAGAGAUCCUGCCAGCAGGGGACGCCACUGAGAUCGGCGAGAAGGGUUUAAACCUGUCUGGAGGCCAGAAGCAGAGGGUGAGCCUGGCUCGUGCGGUGUACAGGAAGGCUGAUGUCUAUCUGCUGGAUGAUCCUCUGUCUGCUGUGGAUGCCCAUGUGGGUCAGCACAUCUUUGAUAAGGUCAUUGGGCCCAAGGGUGUGCUCAGAGACAAGACUCGAGUCCUGGUGACCCAUGGGAUGAGCUUCCUGCCCCAGGCUGAUCUGAUCCUUGUGCUGGUGGAUGGCGAGAUCACUGAGAGCGGCUCCUACCAGGAGCUAUUGAACCGCAAUGGGGCCUUCGCUGACUUCAUUCGCACCUUUGCCGGCUCAGAGAGGAAGGAAAGCUCAGUGCAAAGAGGCUCCAGAAGGUCCUGUGCAAGACUCAGUGUAACAGAUUUUAUGCCGUUCUCCAGGGACCUCUCUCAGGAGCAGCUGAUUGGUGGCGACACCAACAAUGUCACUAUGCAGAGCGUAGAGCCAGAUAUCGAGCAGGAACAGAUCCCUGAGGAGCUGGGAAAACUGACAGUGGUGGACAAAGCUCGGAUAGGCAGAGUGAAACUGGAGCUGUACAUCGAGUACUUCCGCACCAUCGGCUUGGCUCUGAUUGUACCCAUUCUCUUCCUGUACGCCUUCCAACAGGCUGCUUCUCUGGCAUACAACUACUGGCUCAGCAUGUGGGCCGACGAGCCGAUCAUCAACGGUACCCAGCUCAACACUGACAUGAAGUUAGGAGUUUAUGGAGCUCUUGGAUUUGCACAAGGCAUAGCCAUUUUUGGCACCACAGUGGCCAUCUCUAUUGGAGGCAUCAUUGCUUCUCGCCAGUUGCACCUGGACCUCCUAAAAAAUGUCCUCCACUCCCCCAUGUCCUUUUUCGAGUCCACCCCCAGCGGCAACCUCCUGAACCGAUUCGCCAAGGAGAUUGACGCUAUCGACUGCAUGAUUCCAGAUGGCCUAAAGAUGAUGCUGAGCUACUUCUUUAAGCUAAUGGAAGUGUGCAUCAUAGUGCUUCUGGCCACGCCCUUCGCUGCCAUCAUCAUCCUCCCCCUUGCUCUGCUCUAUGCUUUUGUGCAGAGCUUCUAUGUGGCCACAUCCUGCCAGCUGCGACGUUUGGAGUCAGUGAGUCGCUCACCCAUCUACACCCACUUUAACGAGACGGUGCAGGGCGCCAGUGUUAUCCGGGCCUUCGGCGAGCAGUCGCGCUUCAUCUUGCAGGCCAAUCAGAGGGUUGAUCACAACCAGACCGCUUAUUUCCCCCGCUUUGUGGCAACCAGGUGGCUAGCGGUGAAUUUGGAGUUCCUGGGUAAUGGUGUAGUUCUCGCUGCUGCCAUUCUCUCUGUGAUGGGAAAAGACACUCUAAGCCCUGGAAUCGUGGGCUUAGCUGUAUCCCACUCCCUCCAGGUGACAGGCAUCCUGAGUUGGAUUGUGAGGUCGUGGACAGAUGUGGAGAACAACAUAGUGUCGGUGGAAAGGGUGAAGGAGUAUGCAGAGACACCCAAAGAGGCUGCAUGGACCUCUGAGUGCAACUCUCUACCAUCUGCUUGGCCUCAAACAGGCACCAUAGAGUUCCAGGACUAUAGCUUACAGUACCGAAAAGGUCUAGAGUUUGCUCUGAAAGGCAUCUCCCUACAUAUCCAGCAAAGAGAAAAGAUCGGCAUUGUGGGAAGGACAGGUGCGGGGAAGUCGUCUCUGGCCCUCGGAAUCUUCCGGAUCUUGGAGGCGGCAAAAGGAAAGAUUUACAUCGAUGGGAUCAACAUCGCAGAGCUCGGUCUCCAUGAUCUCAGGUCUCGCAUCACUAUAAUUCCACAGGAUCCAGUGCUGUUCUCCGGCUCCUUGCGUAUAAAUCUGGACCCUUUUGACACAUACUCCGAAGAAGAAGUGUGGAAUGCAUUAGAACUAGCUCAUCUCAAGAACUUUGUUUCUGGACUGCCAGACAAACUCAAUUAUGAGUGCUCAGAAGGAGGGGAAAAUCUCAGUCUUGGGCAGAGGCAGUUGGUAUGUUUGGCAAGGGCCCUCCUUCGUAAGACAAAGAUCUUGGUUCUGGAUGAAGCGACAGCAGCAGUGGAUCUGGAGACAGACACGCUGAUUCAGUCCACCAUCCGCAGCCAAUUUGAGGACUGCACAGUUCUCACCAUCGCCCACCGGCUCAACACCAUCAUGGACUACACAAAAGUUAUUGUGAUGGACAAAGGACACAUAGUGGAGAUGGACUCCCCUGUUAACCUUAUUGCACAAAGAGGCCAGUUUUACCGCAUGUGCAGAGAGGCUGGGUUAGUGUAAACCUCCCUUCUCAAGCUGCCAUCAUCAACAUCAGUCUGCUGGCGCCCCCUUGUGGUGGACUCCAAUAAUCAGUUUUGUUGGCCAGUGUAAUUAAUAUACAGAGAGAAAAACCAAAAAAAAAACCACUCCCAUGGUGCUUCUAUGGAGAAGAUGGGUGCUUGAAUUCUCAUUCCUAAUAAUUCCCAGAGUUAUAUUCCAAGCAUGUUUCACAGGUGUAGAGAUGUAUACAAGCUCAAUUGAAACCUUAUUUACUCAGGUUGACCGCCUUUUUCAAGGGCACCACAACUAUACACAUCCCUUUGGAACUGGAAGGUGAAGGCCUUUCAGUUAUGCAUUAUAACGUAGCUGUUGCUGAGAGACAGAACAAGUUGAGCUGAAGACUGUGCCACUGGCAAGUUUCUAUGUUGGAUUUCACUUGAGUUGAUAGGAAAGCAUCUGGUGGAAAUGUGUAAAUAAUUGUAUAUAAAAGAGAGAUGAUGACACCACUGUGUCCUCUUUUACCUUCACCUAAAGAAUUCUUAUAGAAUGUGAAGAACACAGCACUACAGUGAGUUUGAUGCUAUUUGUGGGCAACAUUUUAAAAGAGGACUAUUUUUGACAUGCAAACCCUAGAAUAUAAAUGUAACUCAAACUGUUAGGUCAGGAGAUAAAGGUAAGAUACAUUAAGGUGUUAGAGAAACAGUACAAAUGCCAUAUUUACUGACAGUGUAACUCAAAAUGCCCUCAGAAGCAGCUCUGUUGAAAGUCACCCUCUCAGGCACUUUGUUUAUGAGGGAGUCUAAGAGGAAAACAGUGGAGCAGUCCAACUACAUUGUGGAGUUUGUUUAUUUCUAGCAAAGCAAACACAUAAAAUGGUCAAUGACGACAUGAUGAAAGGUCCUGUGGAGUGCCAACACAAGCUAGAUCACAAAUCUAGACCUUGUAGAAAUAAGACACAGUAACUGUUGAUACACUGAAAACACAGUAAAUUUCACUUUAUCACCAAGGCAACAGGGAUUUCCCUUUGAUAUUGAACUUGAAGUAAAACUGUUCUGGAAUAUUUAGUUCUCUAUAAAUGUUACUGUAGAGCAUGUAUGCUCUUGUACUUUAUCCAAUCCAUUCAGAAUGGAGCUCAGUACAGAAGCUAUUCCUCUUGUUUUAAAAGCCUUAAAGCACUAUGCAAAAAAGCUGCAAGUAAAUCCAAAUACUUCUGCAUUUUAUUUAUACAUUUGCUAUUUUAUAUUGCUUUUGUAUUGAAAAAUAAACCAUUCAAGGUUUUUCAUAUAUCAACUAUGUAAAAUAUUAAAAACUUUUUGAAAAUCUGUUGUGUAGUACCCAUUUCCUCAUACCAGACAGGUGCACUACACUACAACACAACACCGUCAGAUCCAGUCAUCCACCACCAAAGUAAUAAACACCCAACGAGCAAAAACCAGGGCAAGAUAUCUGAGUACCAAACUAUAUUUAUUGUAUACAGUAGUAAAGGACAACAAAUAAUGUACAAAUCAGUACAGAAAGAUGAGACCACAUGGAUGCUGAUUCAGCCCGACCCUUACGGAUACCAGUCUGCUGGACCAUACAGCAGAAGGCGAGAACCUAGUUUAGGGGGAGGGGAGGGUAAAUUAGACCUUUCCUCUCUGGUUAGACCGACACUUCCAUGGAGGGACAGUAACAAUUCCCUUUUGCUUGGAAAAGGCAGUAAACUUUGGGAUUUAAAAAACAAUUUCUGCCUUCUUCUGAAAAUUGAUUAUAUGGGAAACUACAGACAUUUAUAAUAAAAACCUGGAUUAAGUUUUCUUCAGGGUUUGGUCCAGUACCUGAUCCUCACCAUUAACAGAACGAUCUGACCAGGUUUCCCCUUCGGUGGUCAGUCAGAAAAGGCUGAAAGUUCCCCACAAUCCCAUCCCCCUUUGAUACUUCAUGAGUGAGGCAGCUCAAAUUAAAAACUGGAGGUGGGGGGGUGGCAAAAGAAUAGAACGCAGGGUGGGCAUCUCUUCAGCUAACAGACAUAAAACAGAUUCCGGCUUAAAAGAUACUUAAAGCUGCAUGAGACAGGCAUACAGGGGAAAAACAAAAUCAAAAAAA